GACAGGAAUCAGUACUGGUAUUUGGUCUGCAUGCUAUGGUAGACAAUACUGUGAUUGCAAAAGUGAACCUAUAAGGAACUCAUGCACCAUGUCGCAUUUCGCGAUGCGCGACUGCAAUAUCUUCGUGCGUUGACAUCCAAAUAGCGCCAACCCCGCCGGUCCUGGGGUAAGUCAACUGUCAAACAAGCUGCAAGAGCUGAGCCUAAUUACUACAAGUUGCAGGGUCAUUUAGGUUAUAACGGCGUGUUCGCCGUAAGUCCGCACGUCACCUGCUGAGCGCUGAGCUUGGCCUGUUUAGCGGCCUCAGCCACUAGGAGUUCUAGAGCAUCCAUUGUGUAAGGAAAACAACCUCCGUCGAAGGUUCAAGUCAGAAAUCACGAUGACUAAGCAAAUACUUCUUGAAGCUCUCGCGCUCAGGGUUUGCUUCGGAGAGCAAUAUCUGCCGAAGCUAAGUCCUUUUUGUAACGAAUAUCUCGCAGAUAUCGAUAUCAAUCAAAGGAUACGAACACAAGGAAGUGCCACAGGGAGCUAUCAAUCCUAUCAUAGACCCUGGGUGUUAUUGUGUAAACGUACCUUGCGAUUGCAACAAUUGUUCCCACGGUCUCGUACUCCUAUCAUAAUCUCAAAGUGGGCUUCUUGGACCAAGUGUUCGACAUGAUCACGCACGUUCGUUUUGGUCUCUUCUGUGGAUGGUUGCGAGGCAGGCUAUGUAUGUAUAUGAGGCAUGUAUUUUAGGUGUCGAGCUUCUUCAUUCUUACCACCUCUAUGAAUCACGAACC